AGCGGGCUGCGGGGAGCGUCACCGCCUCCUGGAACCAUGAGCGCCGAGCCCAUCUGCAGCGCGCUGCCUGCCGUGCCCUCCAGCAAACUCACCGACCUGUGCUUCCUCAGCCGCGGCGCGUCGGGCACCGUGUCGUCCGCGCGCCACGCUGACUGGCGCGUGCAGGUGGCCGUAAAGCACCUGCACAUCCACACGCCGCUGCUCGACAGUGAAAGAAAUGAUGUCUUACGAGAAGCUGAAAUUUUACACAAAGCUAGAUUUAGUUACAUUCUUCCAAUUUUGGGAAUUUGCAACGAGCCUGAAUUUUUGGGAAUAGUUACUGAAUACAUGCCAAAUGGAUCAUUAAAUGAACUCCUACACAGGAAAACAGAAUAUCCUGAUGUCGCUUGGCCAUUGAGAUUCCGCAUCCUGCAUGAAAUCGCACUGGGCGUAAAUUACCUGCACAAUAUGAAUCCCCCUCUACUGCAUCAUGACUUGAAGACUCAGAAUAUUUUAUUGGAUAAUGAAUUUCAUGUUAAGAUCGCAGAUUUUGGUUUAUCAAAGUGGCGCAUGAUGUCCCUGUCCCAAUCUCGAAAUAGUAAAGCUGCACCAGAAGGAGGAACCAUCAUCUAUAUGCCACCUGAAAACUAUGAGCCUGGGCAAAAAUCAAGGGCCAGUGUCAAGCAUGACAUAUACAGCUAUGCAGUCAUCACAUGGGAAGUCUUGUCCAGAAAACAGCCUUUUGAGGAAGUCAUCAAUCCUUUGCAGAUUAUGUACAGUGUGUCACAAGGAAAUCGACCGGACACCAGUGAAGAAAGUCUGCCAUCUGACGUACCGCAUCGAGCACAGAUGGUCUCGCUCAUAGAAAGUGGAUGGGCACAAAACCCAGAUGAAAGGCCCUCCUUCCUAAAAUGUUUAAUAGAACUUGAACCAGUUCUGAGAACAUAUGAAGAGAUAAGUUUUCUUGAAGCUGUUUUACAACUAAAGAAAACAAAGUUACAGAGUGCUUUCAGUACUAUUCAUUUGUGUGACAAGAAGAAAAUGGAGUUAUCUCUGAAUAUGUCUCUAAAUAAUGGUCCACAAGAGGAAUCGUGUGGAUCCUCUCAGUUUCCUAAAAGUAGUGGUUCUCCUGGAACCUCAAGGUCCCUGUCUGCUCCUCAAGACAAUGAUUUUUUAUCUAGAAAAACCCAGGACUUCUCUACCCUGCUUCACUGCCCGGCAAAUCACAGCUGGGACAACGUGGCUGUGGCCCAGACGGCCACAUUCUAUGACCACAAGACCGCCCCAUGCUCUUUAGCAACAAACCCACUCUCAGCCGAGGGCAAUUCAGAACGAUCACAGCCUGGAGUGGCCCAGCAGUGGAUCCAGAGUAAGAGGGAGGAUGUAGUGAGCCAGAUGACCGAAGCCUGCCUUAACCAGUCGCUGGACGCCCUGCUGUCCCGGGACCUGAUCAUGAAGGAGGACUAUGAACUCAUCAGCACCAAACCCACAAGGACCGCAAAAGUCAGACAGUUGCUGGACACCACUGACAUUCAAGGAGAGGAAUUUGCCAAAGUCAUAGUGCAAAAGCUGAAGGACAAUAAACAGAUGGGUCUCCAGCCGUACCCGGAAAUACUGCCAGCUUCUCGAUCACCAUCUUUAAAUUUAUUUCAAAAUAAAAGUUUAUAAGUACUUUUUUGCAAGAAGAAAAGUCAGUUUAUUGAAAGGUAUUUUAUAUUUCUGUUGCCCUGAUCAGAUUGUUUUUAUGUGAAAUCUAUGUAAGUAUUAGUAGUUUUAAUGAAGUUUCUCCUUCAGGUCAAUAUUAGUCUCCUCCAAUACAUUACAGUAUUUUUUAAAAUUUAAAAAGUUGAAAGUUUGCAUUUUUCUCCAUAGUUCAAUUUUUGUCUCUUUGGUUAAUUGAAGCUAUUUUUUCUUUUUGUUUAUUUUUUAUUUAUUUUAGAGAGACAGGAAGGGAGAGAGCAAGAAACAUCAAUUGGUUGCCUCGCUUACGUGCCCCAACCGGGGAUCAAACCCGAAACCUAGAUACAUACUCUGAUCGGGAAUGGAACCCAAAACUUUUUAUUUGGUGCAUGGGACAAUGCUCCAACCAACUGAGCCACCCACCCAGACAGGGCAAUUGAAGCUAUUUUUUCAAUGUAAUAAUUAUGCGCUUCUCGUACAUAGUGAUGUCUGUCAGUACCGGGCGUUCUCGUGGAAGUGUCUUCACGUUCACUUUGUUUGUGGAUUAUUUAUUACCCGUCUGAGAUGUAGUCUGGCUUUUGCAUUGUGCUCUUUACAGCCACACCAGAGAGAGCAAAGCCUUCCUACCCUGCCAUCCGGGUCACAUCCUCUCCCAGGGGGUGUGCAUUAAAUUCUGUUGU